AUGAUGUCCAUUCUUUCCCUCCUCUCCCUCCCUCUCUUCCACCACCUCGCCUCCGCAGGCACCAUCUACCAUAGCAACUUCACCUCCGGACUAUCCCCCUUCUCCGCCUGCAAUGUAGAAUCCCCAUCCUACUCCACCGCCACAGAUGGAAACCUCACUGUCUACUUUGACGAGUCCUACUACGACGGCACCCGCGACCGCAAAGGCGCUGAGAUCUGCGUCUUUGAGAACGAUACCACCACCAAUGUAGCCCAAAUGACCAAGGAAGGCUGGCAGGGUUUCUCCAUCUACGUGCCCUCUGAUACCUACCCGACGGACAAGAGCUCUAUCAUUGCGCAGCAGUUCUGCCCCGGCGGGUGCUCCUCGUGGUGUGGCACUGUAGAGAUCGUGAACAAUACUCUGCAGACUACGCACCGUGCGGCUUGUUCUACUGGCACGACGGCGACGAUUGUGGAUGAUAUUGAGCGAGAUGCCUGGCAUAGUGUUGUGGUGCAUAUGCGCGUGUCGGAGGAGAGUGAUGGCGCAUAUGAGGUUUGGUGGGAUGGGGAGCAGGUUUACAGUGUGUCGGAUAUUGAUGUGGGUUUUGGGACUUGGGACGAUGACGAUGCGUUGACUACCGGGUGGUACUUCAAGAACGGGGAGUAUUGUUUUGAUACCGACGCCUACACUGAUGCGACUAGAACGCUGUACUUUGAUAACAUCACUUGGUAUGAGACUGAUGAUGGCAGCGAUGAUGGCACGGAAGUGAUAUCAGCUCGGCUUCAACCCGGUCAAGAUCCUCUGGUGAAAGAAUGGAUAGGCAUCUUUCUCAUCUUCUUCACUGUUUUUGCUUUCUUCCUUGCAACUUUCUGGGUCGCCUACACCUCCCAAGUCAUCGCAGCCCUAGCUGCAAUUGAAGACCCUAACUCCAACCCACCCCCCUACAUCCGCCUCGACAACCAACCCAACAACCGCAAUGAUCCCGAACUCACCACCACCCCAGUCCCGAAAGCAAUAACCAGCGACCUCCGCACAGCCAUCAACUACCUCUUCACCCUCGGCGGCGGCGGUAUUUUCUCCACCUUCCGCGGAUUCCGCAUGUAUCUCGCCUUCAUCUCGCUAGAUAUGGUCUUAGCCCUCUUAAUACCCGCCUUCAUCCCCAUUCCCAUCCACAUGACCCUCGUCUCGUUUCUAGCCAAUUUUAUGGGCAAAAUGUCCCUCGCUACAUGGCAAAUGGCAUGGGUGCAUGUAGUCAUCGCAGAUAAAUCGCCUUUCGUCGGCUAUCGACGCAUGCUAGGGUACCAGCAUUGGAAACGGAUUGCUCCUGUCGCAGUGCUGCAUAGUGCUGUCAUGUCUGUGACUUCCUCGCUGAAUUUGGCUGUCUCUAGGGCUAUUGGGUGGGUUAUUUUGGGUAUUAUUGGUGAGAAGGGAUCGAGGGGUGGAGAGGGAGAGGGGGGAACUGGUGUUGUUCUCUUGUUUAUGUUCUUUUUCUUACUCACUGUGCCUGUUAAUGCGAUAUUCACUCGUGUGGCGGCUUCAAUGUUGCCUGAGGGGCUUGAUCCCGUUGUGCCGUUUGAUCGGCAGUUUGGUGGUAAGGUGAAGAUGGGGGAUGGGGAUGUGAGAUUGGGUAUUGUGGAUGCGUGGAGGACGUUUGAGUGGUCUGCGAGGGUUCGGUACUUUAAAGUUAUUUUUCAGGCGAUUGCUAUUGAGAUUGUGUUGGGUGUGGUUGGGGGGUUGCUGGUUUUGGGCGAGUUGAAGUGGUUGCUUUACUCUCACUGA